GUUUGCAUUGCGCUUCAGAUACAGUGCAGUUUGAUUUAUGAGAGCACACUUUUCCGACAGGGAAUGCGACGUUUUUUUUUAGGAUAAGUCGCUAGCUAGCUUACCAGUGCUGACCUGCAUCAUUUUAUUAACGAGACAUCGUGUGUCACAUCACAAAACCGCAUGCUUACAAAUGAGGAUGCCCAAAUAACUUGCAACUUAAAGAUAAAUUCAUGAAAGCAAACAUUUAGUACUAAAAUGAUGAGUGUAUUUUUUUGUUUACCAUCAGUGGUUUUAUGUGUGGUCUAUGGUGGUAUGGUUUAUCUGCUAUAUGCUUUCAUUUAAAUCCUAUUUUAUGUUAACAUAUAACAUAGCAUUGUGAAAUUUGGGUGUUUAUAUGUAAUGAUCUGCUUUCCAGUACCAUGGAUAUAAUCAUUCCCCUUCGAGUUCCUGGCCUUUUGCAAACUGCUGCUUGCCCUUUUUUAGUCUUGUACAUGUGCUAAGUACAACAGUAUAAGAGAGAGUUGUUUUUUCCUGCCAUAGUUCUCCACUUAGUGAUAACAAUGAGCAGGAAUUGUGUAACAGAGGUGAGUUCUGUCUACAGUAUUGAUUACAGGAAUGUGUUAUUGGCAGAUUUACACAUUGAACUCACCUUCUAACCACGAGUUAACCUAACCCUAAUCCAGAAUACAACACAAGAGCUCACUGACUGAAGGUAGUAUCAUUUUUCUCCUUCAGAACAGUGCCAAUAUGGAAGACAAGAGAGAAAAAUAACUUAGCUUGUGGUCAUGUAGUGCUUCAGAAUUUCACUGGUCACUGAGAACAAAUCUUUACUGCGCUAGUUAGCUAGAUUUCCCUUCCUGAAAUCCAGUGUACAGUAACAGUGAUUGAUUGGCUACUUAAAUUGUUUAUCAAUUGGUUUGUGCUAUGAAUAUAUGUCAGGUCAAUAUAUAUUGUAUAUAUAUAUAUAUAUUUCAGUAUCACCUCAUGUAUGAAGCAUUUGUUUGAUUGAAGUGUCAUUACUACACAUGUAUCUGUUCUUUUUGAAAACCUUAUUUUAAUUUUUGCCAUUGGAUGUCUUUUCUUUUCUGUAUCUGACUGUUGUGUGUUCUGUCACCCAUGGAAACGUGGCAUGCACCAAACCAUUGGGGUUUACUUGCCUGAUAAAGUGCACAUAUUACCGCUGGAUCUAAAUUGCUGGUCAUAUAUCCAGAUUUGGCUUUGUCCCCCGAUGAUUUGGGUGGGUGUGGUCUCUUCUGUUACCCCUCAUCCUGAGUGAAGCCCCCUCUGUUCCCCCAAACACACACGCAUUCAAACCACGGCGAUGACACACCAUUCCAACAACUCUGUUCGAGACCAUAUGAAAUGGGCUGGGUUGCUGGGCUGCGAGGCGGUGCUGUCCAGCAUGGCCCUGAUGCAAGCCAACAACAUCCCAGGCCAGAAGAGGAUGAUGUCAUCCUUGGGUCAAGGGCACAGGGCCAGUCCCGAGAGCCACCAAACCCACUCGCAGCAUAGCCAUAGCCACAACCACCACGGACACCAGGUGCACCACGGACAAGCCCACCACAGCCACAUGGGCCAUUCUUCACCUGGGAGCUGUCCGCCCCUGCUGAUCCGAAAAGACGGUGACUAUCAUUCAUCAAGAAUGAUGGAUGGAAAGGACAUGCAGGCAAACCAGAAUAUGCAUCCCAAGAAGAAGCACAAAAAAUCAGGGUCAUCCAACAAAGUUAAAGAGAAAGUGGAGCAUUUACUUCCACAGAUCGAUAUGGAUGAUGACAGUUCCCUGAAAGUCCAGAAGAACUUCAUCUGUGACCACUGCUAUGGAGCUUUCCGGAGUAGCUACCACCUCAAGCGGCAUAUACUUACACAUACAGGAGAAAAGCCAUUUGCUUGCGAUGCGUGUGACAUGCGGUUUAUUCAGCGUUACCACCUGGACAGACACAAGAGGGUGCACAGCGGAGAGAAGCCGUACCAGUGUGAUCGCUGCCAUCAGAAUUUCUCGCGGACAGACAGGCUGCUGAGACACCGACGGCUAUGUACAGUUGGGAUAAACAAAGAGGAGAGCCAGUACUCGCAGGACGCAUCUGCCCAUCCAGCUUCCUGGAGUCCCCUACAGCCUUCCAGCAACCGUCUGACUGUCUGACCCUCAGCUUCCCACAGACAACCUACAGACAACAGCAGUUUGCAGCUCAGUAACGUCGCACAUCGGAGCUCAACAGUACUGUAACCUGAAAACAACCCAGCUUAAACACAACCAAACUUCAGUUUGCUCUCGCCCAGCUCUUCAUAGAACUUGAAAGUGGAUUUUUGUACUUUUUUUUAAUCUAUUGUUACAUUCAUGAUACAGGCAAAAGAGGAGGAACUAAUUCACGAUCUUGGAUUAUGGUAUCAUGGCAAUAACUGAAUGAAAAACCCCCACUUUUCCUUUUAUCUGAAAAGUUGCAGGUAUUGUUUGGUAUUGCUGCCAAUGGAUUGCAAGUAUUUUUGCCUACACUGACCGUCAGUGUAUCGUGCAGCACCUCUUAGGUAACCUGCCGACCUGCAACCGCAGUGCUGCCCUCUACUACAUAUGGACAGUUCAGUAAAGGACACAUACAGAACUGAGUAGCUUUUUAGUGUUCAAGUCCUAUUCAUUUUAUGUUCCUAAUGCUACUAAUCAAGUACCAGCUACUGCUCACAAGCAGAGAAAUCAUAGCAGACUUUUGGUCCAUGCUGCCUUGAGGUAGUAAUUAGCCACCUAUCCAAUACUGUAGGUGUCGUGUGCAUUAACAUAUCUGAAAUGACAUUAGAUGUACUUUUCGAUAACACUGAUCUAAACACGAAAGGGGCAUAUAACAAAGUAAAAUACAAACCAGUCAUCCAUGUUUAAUUAAUGUACAAGAGCGUAUUUUUUCCAACACUUAAAAGGAUCUUAAAUAAUUUCUUACCUGCGUUUCGUCCGGCUGUAAAACUGAAAGAUUAACUGCAGGUGCCACUCUUGGCGAUGAUGAAAAACACUAAAGGUUAACUAGAUGCUCCCGAAAUGUUACAUUUUCAACUAAUCUUGGCAUUAGUUAAGUCGUGUAGCGACUGCUGGCUCAAAUAUUCACUGUUCUACCUUGUUUUAAAGGGGUUUUGUCCUGAUUGUUAAUAGGUUACACUGUUGAAAUACAGUAGAAGGCUGUUUUGUAGGAAGACUUUUUUUAAGCCCUUGACAAAGUUAGUGAGUCAUUUUAUAAUGCUUACUGGAUGUAGGACUCACCUGCCUGUUGCAAAAAUUAGGUGUUUCCUGAAGUGCUUCUGUAACCCCCCCCCCCCCAAUAUAAAUUAAUUGUGUUUACUGUCGUUGUUCCUAGAAGCCACUGUCAGUCUUAUUUUUUCCUGCUCAGCAUUUAUAGAUCCUUCUGACUUUGAAAGACUUCCGUCCUUUCAAACGUUUUUGGUAAGUGAGUCUGUGUCAGCAUGUUAUCUGAAAUCCUGAGGUUUGACCUGAAAAUUCCUUCGAGUACAUUAGCCGGUGAAAUCUUGUCAUAACUGAGGAUAAUAUGUUUGCACACAGUUGGAUUAAAACUAGUCCUACGUCUAGACUUAUUUUUACUAGACGUACUGCAGACAUUUUCUUUAUGCUGGCUAGUUGAAUGCAGUGCUCCUGAUAACAGCCCCGAUUCAAACAGUUCAGCGUAUCAUUUGGCUUAUCCAUAGAUUUUAAGAGUUCACCUCCGUCUUGACCUGACUGAAUGUGAUCUGAAUACAGUGCCAUGUCAUUUCAUCUCCAGUUUAAUCUGGAGCAUCUUCAGUGAAGGUGACUAAUUGUACCUAGUGGACGGGGAGAAUAAAAGGUCCAUGUGGUGUUUUCUAUGAUGAUAGAGCCUACGUUAUAUUAUGUUCAGGCCUCUGUACGAUUAAAUCAGACUGUAAACACUGGACUGAAGAUGUUAGCUCAGUUGUAGAGGAUUGUAUUGUCGACUGGUACGUCUGUUGCUGUCAAACCUUUAGAUUACGUGAAAGGAGUUUGGGGCCCAUUGUCUACUUUUUAUGAAGUUAAUAUAUAUUUAAAAUGUAUUAGGGGUAGAAAAUAGUAUGUAUGGGACCUACACUCCAAAGGAAAAUCAAAGUAUUUAAGAAGUUAUAAUCCUUAGACCGAUGAUUUCUUAUGAGAACUGAAAAAGCCCAUAGCAAGUCAUCCUUCAACUUGCUAUUAGGGGUAAAAGUAAAAGCAGCCACUCUCAUCCUUUUAGUAUAGCAGCCAUGAUUAGUCAGGAUUUUUUUCUUUUGCAUGUAUUUGUUGGAGGAUCUUGUAUAUGUUUCGUUUUGGUAAAGAGAUUUCUUUUUAAUGUGAGCCCCAUGUUUGUUUGUUUUUUAUCAUUUCAGGGGUGAAGUGAAAUCAAUUUAGACUCAGUCAUACUGUAGUAUGGAGUUUGUAAUGGAGUUUUAGGGCCCCAAGUCUCAAUAAAGCUGUUACACUUUUUAAACAGUU